AAAAAAUCCCUGUAGGCCGUCGGUAAAAAUCAAUCUGAAAAUGAAAGCGACAGAAAAAUGGAGAUAAUCCCAAGUCUGCCAAAAAUAUGUUACAACUGCUCUUUGGACGAGUUCCAAAAUAUAAAAUUCACAAAAAUAUCUUCCGAGGUUAGUAACGAAAAUAGCUCUUCGCUUUUUGGGGUCCUGCCGUUGAGUCCUGCUUUCUUCUGUGUGGAAGGAGCUCAGAGAAGCUCAGGACCCUUUGGAAAAAGGAUAAACUUUUAUCCGAUUCAGAAAAUUGAAUGUGAUCGCGGAAGCCAGCGAAAGAAGGAUAACAGAGUCUGACGUCACCAAAACAGCCGAGUUCAGAGUUCCGGUCGAAGCGUUCGGUCAAUCACAACCGCUCCAUGGAGGCUGCAGCAAAUGCUAAACAGAAGAAUUUGAAUGCUACUAGUCCUUGCGAAGAGAGAGAAGAUGACAUUUGUGCAACUCCCAACAUGGCUCCGGCCCAGAGAGUUCGUAGAGGAGCUGUCAGUGCUGAAACAUACUCUGAAGAUGAUGCUACAACCUAUGUGAAAAAGGUUGUACCUAAAGAUUAUAAAACUAUGACAGCCUUGUCAAAAGCCAUUGAGAAAAAUGUUCUUUUUGCUCAUUUGGAUGAUACAGAAAGAAGUGACAUCUUUGAUGCUAUGUUUCCUGUUGUGCACAAAGCAGGAGAAACUAUAAUUCAGCAAGGUGAUCAAGGAGAUAAUUUCUAUGUUAUUGAUCAAGGUGAAGUUGAAGUGUUUGUGAAUGGACAGCUUGUUACCACUAUAGGAGAUGGUGGAAGCUUUGGUGAACUUGCUUUAAUUUAUGGUACUCCGAGAGCAGCUACUGUCAAAGCUAAAACAGAUAUCAAACUAUGGGCCAUAGACAGGGACACAUAUCGUAGAAUUUUGAUGGGCAGUACAAUAAGAAAAAGGAAAAUGUACCAAGAAUUCCUUAGUAAGGUAUCGGUUUUAGAAAGCUUAGAUGAGUGGGAAAAACUAACUGUGGCAGAUGCUCUGGAGCCAGUACAAUUUAAUGAUGGUGAUGUCAUUGUGGAACAGGGUCAACCAGGAGACGAUUUCUAUAUCAUUGAGGAUGGAACUGCUGUUGUUCUUCAACGUAGAUCUGACUCUGAGCCUCAAGUGGAAGUGGGUCACUUAGGGCCGGGAGACUAUUUUGGUGAAAUAGCUCUUUUGUUAGAUCGCCCUAGAGCAGCAACAGUCAAAGCCAAAGGUCCCCUGAAGUGCAUCAAGUUGGAUCGUGCUCGAUUUGAGCGCAUCUUGGGCCCAUGUGCAGAUAUUUUGAAGAGAAACAUGACUCAUUAUAAUAGUCUCAUUUCACUGUCUGUUGUAUAAUCAAAUGGAUUUGUAUUGCCUCUACCAAACUUCUGCAUCAAAAUGGAUUGCAUUCAGCACUUCCCCAGUGCUGCAGAAAGUGGUACAUUCCCUUUCUUUACCCCCUCCCCAGGAUACUGGUCAAUUUAAAAAAAAAAAAAAAAAAUGGAAACCACCUUUUCACUCCAAGAAAAAAAAUGUUUAAGAUAAAAAUGUACCCCAAUCAGUCAGUUUGUGCAUUUAGAUGACAUUGUGUGUACUUUUUUCUUAGUGAGUGUCUUACACAGUGAAUUCUCUCUCCAAAGGUUGUGAUUUUUUUUUUUAUCCUUUACUUUUCUUUUUUUUAAUGGCAACUGUUACAUGCUUGUUUUACAGCAGCACGGGGCGAUCAGAACCAUCCCAGGAUUGCGUGCAAAAGCAUGGAGAGAGAGAGCAUAAAUUUUGUGUGAUAAAUCUUGUAAUUAACCAAAGAAAAAAAAGCAAUUAUAAUUGUUUAUUUACUUAGUUGUUUCUGUUUCUGCCUGGCUUCAGCUACAUGUCAAUGCCUCUGUAGAUAUUGCCCAAAUGCAGUUGCUGCGAAUUAUGCUUUAAUGCCAUUUAAGUUAAACAUAUUUUGUACAAAAGAUAAACCAUUUUUUAAAGUUGCUAAUCAAUUGCCAUAUCUUGGACCUUCAUAUUUUCUUUUCUCAUUUGUAUCCACUUAUUCUAGAUUUCAACCUUAGUCAGUGAUAUAUAUCUAAAGGAAAGAGAAUGUGUUUGAUUUUCUUGUCAAAUUUUAUUUAUUGUUAAACAUCCUCAAUAUAUUAAGGCAAGUGUUUUCACCAGUAUAUAUGACUAUUUGAAUUCUGUGUCACCAGACUGUAAUUUAUGGAUUUAUUUUCAAAGUUUAAUGUUUGUUAUUGUGUAAUUAAUAAGUUGAAAUCAUAAAUUCAUAUUUUUAAUCCUCUGUAUAUAUUAUAUAUCGAGUCAAAAUUUUCUGUGUGAGCUCGUUGGAUAGUGUAAUUGUUUUAGGUGAAAUAUGUAACAAGGUACUUAAUUUACUGAAAAACUGCAAUAAAAACUUGUCUUUUAGUUCCAUAGAAGUAUUGGUAGCUGCUAAAUUCAAAUGCUUCUGAUUUAUCUUUGCUUUUGUGGUUUUUUUUUUUUUUUUUUUUUUUUUUUUCAUUCCUCUGAAUCUCCACAAAAAUAUGUCUAAAAUUUAAAAAUGACCAGUCUUAGAAAUCACCAUUUAAUAAUAAUAAAAUGAUUUUUUUAGUGAUACAAAAUAAGGCAUUCAUAUAGCCUGAUCAGAUUUUGAAUACUUGCAAAGAACAACUUUGUAUGAAAAUAAUUUGUAUUGUAAAAAAAGAAACCUGUAUCUUUUUUAAUGUUUGCAUAAGUCAGUUUGUACUUUUUUUAUUUAAGAGGCUACCUUUAUUUUUGUGAACUAAGAAUUUUGAUUUUUAUCACAAAUAGUUGUGUAAUGUAUGAACAACAGUUGACAAAACAACUUAGUAGGUUGAUUUUUUAAGUUAUACAUAUAGCUCAUUCAUAAUCAAGAGCUUUGGAAAUAGAUUUGUUUUUAAAAAAAUGUGUAUUAAGAAAUUAAAUGUAUUGUAUUUUAGUUUUCAACUUGAAAAAAGAUUAGUGUAAUUUGAGCGAGCUUGUAUGGAAAUAAAUAUAUGCUGGAAAA